UUUGGAUGCAUCACCCUUAUGUAUAGUACUAGAGGGUGUUGUGUUGUUUUCUUGUUGCCAAUGAAAUGUUUUCUGUCACAGAAAUAUUGAUUACAAAAUGAUUGUCUGUAACCUUGGUACAACUGUCCAUCUCUGUGAUCUUUGGAGCAAUGCUAUAGGGCACGAUUAAGAUAUGGGGCUUCUCAGCAUCAUUCGUAAAGUGAAGAGGAAGGAGAAAGAAAUGCGGAUUCUUAUGGUGGGGCUUGACAAUUCUGGAAAGACUACGAUUGUCAUGCGAAUAAAUGGUGAGGACACGAGUAGUAUUAGUCCUACUUUGGGGUUUAAUAUCAAGACCAUUGAAUAUGACAGGUAUGUGCUCAAUAUUUGGGAUGUUGGUGGGCAAAAAACAAUAAGAUCUUAUUGGAGAAACUACUUUGAACAAACAGAUGGCUUGGUAUGGGUUGUUGAUAGUUCGGAUUUUCGACGAUUAGAUGAUUGCAGAUUGGAGCUUCACAAUCUCUUAAAAGAAGAGAGGUUAUCAGGAGCAUCUUUACUAAUAUUGGCUAACAAACAAGACAUCCAUGGGGCCCUUGAACUGAAAGAUAUUGCUAAGGUUUUGAACCUGGAUGCCAUGGAUGAAAGCAGGCAUUGGAAGAUUGUAGGUUGCAGUGCUUAUACUGGUGAAGGAUUGCUUGAAGGAUUCGAUUGGCUGGUUCAAGACAUCGCUAGUCGAAUAUAUGUUCUCGACUGUUGAUAUUAAUGCUGCUGAACAUUACAAGUUCAUUUCACGACAAGAUCUUUUAAUGUCUUGUGCUCAGUGGCAUUGGUGUAUUUGAUAUCGAGUGAAGGUAAAGCCAGAUUUGGUUUCUAUCUGAUGCUGUGGUGUUGAUGUUUUCAAGUUAAAAGACAGCUCAGUCUUGGCAUUUAUCCAUUUUAGGGAAUAGAGAAAUAGGGAUGCCGUGUAUGCCUGGAAGAGGUGAAAAGAAGGAAGAUGUUUGUCCUUCAACCAGGAAAAUCUCGACUCUCAAUUUGCUGCUUAAUUUACUGGAAGUCUUAAUCCAUGUAGCAAAGCACAAGAGUCAUUUUGAACUUGAUCAGUGUUUUGUUGCGGUUUACAUGCUUUUAUCACUUGACACAAUGUGAUACAGUGGAUGCACCUUCGGAAGGGCUUCUCUUACAUCUAGACCCAAUUACCUUUUUAUC